AUGUUCAGAAGUCCAAAGAGAUCAAAACAAAAACAAUCUCAACCCCAACAACAGCCACAACAACAAUCUAGACUGCACCAUCAUCAUGUCCCGAAUCCUGCCCAUUUAUUUUCCCACCCUUCAAGUCAUCGUCAACAGUCACCAUACCCAUCAUCUGGACCGGGAUCUCAGACCAAUUCCGGAUACUCCACCCCUCAAAGAAAUGGAAUGAGUCCGAUUCAAACCAAUGUGUCGAGAAUGGCUGGUCCUAACUCUCCUGCCGGGAGCACCAAUUCUGAACAGCAACGAAAAUUAGCCACAGAUAAGAUUAUUUCCGAUUGCUAUUCAAAAGUGAUAAUUGAUGGAGGAAGAAAGGUUAAUGAUGUUUCUUAUAUAACACACAUUGGUGUUAUUGAGUAUUCACAUUACCCAUCGGCCCCUCCACCUCCCAACACCAAUUUCGGUACCGUCAAACAUCGUAUACUUGUUUUGUGCAAAAAGAAUUCAGGGAGAAUGCAACUACAAAAGGGGAAAUAUCAAGCCGAUAAGAAUCUCUACCAAAUUGGGAGAACAUGGGAUUUAUCGGAACUACAAUAUGUUAAAAAAGUUGGACCUGAUGGAUUAAUUUUACAAUUAAAUAAAGUAUAUUAUUGGAAAUGUGAUGAGGAUGCCAACCGUGUUUGGAAAUUUGCUCGUUACUUAACACAACAUUACGGGAUAUUUAUGGGGAAAUACCCUGGACUUGAAGGGUUUUCGCUUGAUGAUUUCAUGUUACCCACAAUCCCGAAAUCUCCAACAACUACUGUUCCUAGAUCACCUUCGUUAAAUGAGCCUAAUCCUGAUCCUCAAUUGUUAAAGUCGCGUUCAUUGAAAAGAAAGAAUAUGCCUAACCCGGUGUUACCACAACCUCCCACUGCAUCGGCAGCAAAAACCCCACCAAUACCUUCCAAGCCGGAAGAGUUAUACAAAGAUAUGGACUUUACAGUUAAUGGUGGGUUGCCUCAGAAACAAAUGAAGGUGAUACUGCGUGAAUCGAGUGAUAGAGGGUAUGCUAGCAAACUUGACCCAGGCCGGUCUGUUCAUGAACAACAACAGCCUCGAGGCAGUCAUCUGCAACUGGGCUUUAACAGUCCAAGCCAGGACAACGGCAGUCAUCAAGCACCUCCAGUUAAAAAACACAACCACCAUCCAUAUUUCCAGAAGUCGCCAAUGAAUGGAACAGAUUCUUCUAGUGUUGUUAGUAAUGAUUCUCACAGUUUUGUGUUUGCUUCAAAUGAUGAUAAAAACCACUCCCGAGAAAGAGUGGAUGAUAGUUCCAGGUCUUCUAGACAGCAAGGAUCCUUAGCAACUGUUGCCGAAUCUAAAAAAUCAAAGGGUCUGCAAACUAGUAGCUCUGUGGGUAAACAAGAAAGGGAAUCUGUUGCUUCUCAGAAAUCUGCCGAAGACGUUGUCAAGGAGUUUUCUGAAGCAAUUCCUCCAAAAAGAAAAAUGGCAGCCUCAGCAACGGUUCCUGAUUUUGGUGUUGAAGAGAUUACAGAUGACAGUGAAGACGAUCAACGACCUGCCCCUACAUUUAGUAUCCGUAGACGCCAGCAACAAAUCAAAGCUCAAGAGAAGAAAGAAGCACAGACCGAGAAAGUUAUACAUGAACAACCACCACAUCACAAUGCAGAAGCAACAACUAAUUUUACUGACAAAUCAAGUCAUUACGAUGAGAAGACUUUUGCGUCCCAAAAGGGAUUAGGAAUUUAUCCAGGUGGUUCCGGGUCGUUUAUCGAGGAAUCUACAAAGUUGGAAGGUCAGAACAGUGCUAGUUCGAAUCUUCAAGACUUGCAAGAUUUGUUAUCGUCACAUAUUGAUAGAGCCCAAGAAGAUUCUUUUGAUUUCAAUGAUGGGAUUAACGAAAAGAGUGUUGAUGACUUGAAUGAGAUUCCUGAGAUUCGUGUGGCUAGCCCAUCAAAGAAUUUGAAUGGUGACACACAUAGUUUUGAAGGGGAACCCCUUGAGAAAGGUUUGAAUAUAGUUAGAAAGUCGGAAACACCAGAGAACGAGAAAGUUAACCCAUCGCCAAUUAUUUCCAAAGACCAAAGAGAUGUUGAAGUAGAUACCCUAGUCAAUGAGAUUGGGUGGUCAGUCAAAGAUACCACCGAUACUUUAAUGAAGAAAUUAAGUAAGGAAUUGAACAACAGUAAACAAGAUAUUGUAUCGAAAUUGGUUACCAUCGAUUUGACCAACAAUUCAGGAACUGAUAUUGGAUCUGCAUUGAAUGAAGUGGAUAACAUGACUCAGAUUUUUCAAAAGAUGGAAGUAAAAUUGAAACUCGUACGAAACGAGCUACAAUAUUCUGCUGCUGCUUGA